UCUCGCGUAAUCGUUAAAUAAGUAGGUUACAGUUGUUUGUGCGAGUGAGCAUAGAAAAAUGUCCGGGGAAAAAGCAUUCGACUACAUCGAAACUAUUCUAAUCGGUGAUCACCCAACGGACAUCGUCUACCACCGGUUCGCGAACAAGUCCUUUCUGCUGAUCACCCAACGACAGAAGGUGACCAAUGUAUACACGGUACGGAACCAGGCAAGCAACGAGCCCUGUGGAGGAGGAGGAGGAGGAGUUGGCCGGAUCUACUCGAUAAAGCACACAUUCGGAGCGGCUUCUGACGAAGCGGAAGCGGCAAUUAGGUAUUUGAUGAAUUUUAUCAAUAAGGACGACGAGAUUGUGAUUACGCUUGGUCUGAAAGAGAUCGAUAAAGCUUCGCUGGAUCAGAUUGGGGCGCAACUAAGGCGAAUCGUUUAGGGGCGGUAGGUGUUUGUGUUUUUCGA